AUGCAUCAGGUCCAAGGAGCACAAACUUUACCACUCUACCUCACCAAAGAGCAUAAAGAGUAUUUUACCAAAAACGAGUUGACUCUUGGGCCAGCACGAUUAUCAGCAAAACCACUCACUGAAAGACCACCAUUUAAUCCCUUCUCGUCAGACAACACAACCCCAGAAGCCAAUUUCAAAUUCUCUCCCGAAAUCAACGGAUCCAAGGAGGAUUUGGUCAGAAGGGUGGACGAAAUUAUCCAAACAGAAGCAACCUAUAUUUCCAACUGUAGCAACUUGGUAAUUAUGUAUUUGGGUCAUUUACAACACCUUCAAUUUGAACUCCCAGCUGCAGUGCACAUCACAAAAGAGUGCAUUUUGGCCCUUGUAACUAUUCAUCAGCAUUUGCUAGACGAGAUGAACAAUAUUAGAAGCAAAAAUCAGAGUAUAGUCGAUCAAUGCAACCAAAUAGCAAAGAGUAUAGCCAAAUCAGGGAUCUCUGUUUUUUGGUACAGUUUGUAUUGCACGCAUUAUGAUCGAUUGAUACCCAUUGAACCACUUGCUAAAUCGAAUUCAAAGAAUGUACCACUGAUGAAGUCGUUUCUUUUGGGAAUGAAAAACUUUUUAGAAAGUCAACAUGCGAAACAUAAAGACUUAUCAUUCAUGUCGUUGUGUCAGAGACCAGUUGAUAGAAUUGUCAAGUACAAGCUUUUCAUUAAGGGAAUGAUGAAUACAUUUAUUGAAUUGGGCAAGGACACUUUUAACUUGGAGAAAGCGUAUGAGCUGGUUUCGCAACAAUUGAGUAAAAUUGAUGACUCAAGAAUCUCAAUGAAUGCAAAUAGGCAAUUGAACAAUUUAGUCAACUUUGAAUCAUUGUGUGACGUCGAUGCCAAUUUUUUUGGAAAUCCAGUAUCUGUUGGGUUCGCUUCAGUGAUUUAUGUAAAGAAUUCCAAGCCUGAAAUGAAUCAUUCCCCUAUUGUUCUUUACAAGGCUCAUCUUGUUAUCCUAGAGUACAACCAAGUAAUUAACAGGCAUUCUAUGGGGAAAUACAAACCGAAAUUUAUCAUCCCUUUACUGAAUACGUCAAUGGUGAAAGAGUUUAGGUAUGGUUUGCACGUAAAUCUUUCCACCAACAUCAAAUUGCAGUUCAGGUCAUCUUCAAAUCAGUAUCAAGUAGUGUUGUGUUUUGUAUCACAAAAGGAGCAUGACUUUUGGAGCAUAAAGUUUGACUUAUUGAUCAAUGUGACCCAUCAAGGAUCUUGUGAAUAUAAGCUGGAUACUGACCAUUUAUUUUGCCAUACUCCCAAAAACUUGACCUCGUGUUGGAAAGAUGAAUACGAUGAUCCAGAAGAUACCCUCCAUUUUACUGCCUCACAAAUAUCUCUACAAGUGAAAAUUCGUUUCGAUUUGUAUCUCAAGAAUAGAAUUCAGGUAAAGCUUGGAGAGUUGGCAUCUGGCUCAAAACAUACAGUCACGCUAUGGUUCAUUGACGUGUACAAUAAUGAGCGUCAUUUCAAACAGAUUGCUAGUAAAGAGAUUCCUUUUUAUACUUGUAACAGAGCAACCCAAACAUAG